ACUUGCGCGUGAAUCCAAGGGGCUGCUUUCCAAACUUUGCGGUGAUGUUCUGGGAAAAUGGCAAAGCUGGGCGCUGGGAUGGAACCUGGAGGGGAGGGCGCGGGGUGGUGGUGGUGGUGGUGGUGAGGGGGGACGUAAAGCGACCAUAACGAAGCAGGAUUCUAGAUCAAAAAAAAAAAUACCCCAAAUAAAAAAAAAAAAAAAAAAAAGACGAAGGGAACGGGUAAUCCAAGGGGGAAAAAAAAAAAAAUAUUGUUCCUUUCGGCCAAGCGGCCGCGUCACGUGCGUCCGCGGCCCCGUAUAAACGCGCUUGGCCAUGUGUGUGCGCGAGCUGGGCGAAUCCAGCGCGGAAUCCUUGCAAAAGUGCGGCGGGAGCGGGCGGGAGCCGAGCGCGGAGCUCCAUGAGCGGCGGCGGAGGGUACGGAGGAGGCGCCGGGGCUCGCCGGGGCUCGGGGCCCUUCCCUUCCCUCUUCCCUCUUCCCCCUUCCCUCUUCCCUCGCCUUCCUCGGCUCCCCUCCCCCCGGGCGCUGCCUCCGCACAGGCCCGAGCCGCUGCCGGGUUGUUGUCGGCCUUAUCCCCCCCUCCUCCUCCUCUCGGCAAAUUAGGAAUCGGGGCUAAUUGUCCCCCGCUGCCCCCCCGCCCCCGGAACCUGCACUUCGCAUCUCGCCGUGGCCUUUUUUUUUUUUUAAUUUUUUUUUUCUUUUUUUUUUCUUUUUCUUUUCCUCCUCGCUCUUUGCCGUUUCUGCCUCCAAACGCUACUUUGCCUGGAAGAAGGAGAAGGGAAAAAGUUGGGAGCGGAUGGCUGUAGUUUCUUCUCUGGGAUCCUCAUUCAUUCCUCGCUGAACCUCCUGUUGCAUAAAUGAUGCUCCGGGAGCGAGGCUUUGCCUUUUUUUUUCUCCUCCGGAUUUGGGUUUAACAGUGGAUGCUCCCGGGUUUGGCUCGCCUCUUUGGAAAUACAAUAUCGCUUUUUUUUUUCUUGUUGUUGUUGUUUUUUUUAUUAAUUUUUUGGUUGUUGUUGUUGUUGUUUUUUUGUUUUUAUUUUUGCUGCCCCUCCAUCUUUUUUUCCCCUCCCUUCUUCUUCUCAACCAUCCGCCCCCCAACCCCCCUUGAAAAAGCAAAAUCCGACUGUGUUUCCUGCAAGGCUCGGGAUUUCUGAUUGCGGUUAUUUCCAUGUUUCUAGGUUUGUGUGAUUUUGCUAAAAUGCAUCACCAACAGCGAAUGGCUGCCUUAGGGACGGACAAAGAACUGAGUGAUUUACUGGAUUUCAGUGCGAUGUUUUCACCUCCUGUGAGCAGCGGGAAAAAUGGACCAACUUCCUUGGCAAGUGGACAUUUUACUGGCUCAAAUGUAGAAGACAGAACUAGCUCAGGGUCCUGGGGGAAUGCAGGACAUCUGAGUCCAGCCAGGAACUAUGGAGAUGGGACUCACUUUGACCACAUGGCGAGCAGAGACCUCGGCUCACAUGACAAUCUCUCUCCUCCCUUUGUCAAUUCCAGAAUACAAAGUAAAUCAGAACGAGGCUCGUACUCGUCCUACGGCCGAGAUUCCAACCUGCAGGGCUGCCACCAGGGCCUGCUGGGACCGGAGCUGGAGCUGGCGGCGCCGGGGGCUCUGUCCCCGAGCAAACCGGGAUCCCAGUUCUACCAGUACGGGGCCGGCGCGCGCCGGAGAGCCCUGCACGGCUCCUCCGUGGAAGUUCAGACAAAAAAAGUUCGGAAAGUUCCUCCGGGUUUGCCGUCCUCCGUUUACGCUCCGUCGGCGACCGCGGCCGAUUUCAGCCGCGACUCGCCGGGGUUCGCCCCCUCCAAGGGCGGCUCCUUCCCCUCCUCCUUCUUCAUGCAAGACGGGCACCACGGCAGCGAUCCCUGGAAUUCCUCGAGUGGGAUGAGCCAAGGAGGUUAUGGGGGAAUUUUGGGGAAUUCUUCCCAUAUGGGACAAUCCAGCAGCUACUGCAGCCUGCACCCCCACGAGAGGCUGAGUUUCCCGGCGCACUCGGCCGAGCUGAGCUCGGGCCUCCCCCCGAUGUCCUCCUUCCACCGCGGCGCCGCCACCUUCGGCUCCUCGGGAACCCCCCCGGCCAACGGGGCCGAGCCGCUGCUGGCCAACCGAGGCAACGGAGCCGCCGGAAGUUCCCAGACCGGAGACGCUUUGGGAAAAGCUCUCGCUUCCAUUUAUUCACCAGACCACACCAACAGCAGCUUCCCGUCCAAUCCUUCGACUCCCGUGGGGUCUCCCCCUUCUCUCGCAGGCGCAGCUGCCUGGUCCAGGAAUGGAGCUCAAACGUCUUCGUCUCCCAAUUACGAGGGGCCCUUGCACUCUUUGCAGAGCCGGAUCGAGGAUCGCCUGGAACGUCUGGACGACGCCAUCCACGUUUUACGGAACCACGCGGUGGGAUCAGCGCCGGCCAUGGCCGCCGGGCACGGGGAAAUGCACGGGAUCAUCGGAGCCGCCGCCGCCGCGGCCGCCGCGCACAAUGGCGCCAUGGCCGGGUUGGCCGGAGGUUACGGCACCGGGCUCUUGGCCAAUCGGCACGCGUUGAUGGUGGGCGCUCACCGCGAGGACGGCGUCGGGAUCCGCGGGAGCCACUCCCUGGUUCCCAGCCAGGUGCCGGUGCCGACGCUGCCGGUGCCGUCGGCGACGUCGCCGGAGCUCAACCCGCCCCAAGAUCCUUACAGGGGAAUUCCCUCGGCACUGCAGGGGCAGAGCGUGAGCUCGGGGAGCUCGGAAAUUAAAUCCGACGACGAAGGCGACGAAAAUUUGCAGGAGCCAAAAGGGGCAGAGGAGAAGAAAUUGGAAGAGGAGAAGAAGGAGAUCAAAUCCAUUACUAGGUCAAGAUCUAGAAAAAGAAAAAAAACCUGGAAUUUUUUUCUGUCGAAUCCUCCUCUGGAAAACCGGGAAUUCAUCAGAAAAAAAAAAAAAUUAAUAAAUAAUAAUUAAAUAAAUAAAUAUUUAAGAUCUCAGCCAAUGAGACCGCGCCCCGCGCGGGGCGGGGCCGCUCCGUCCCCCUUCCGCCGCCGCCGCCGCCGCCGCCGCCGCCGCCGCGGCCGCGCCGAGGCCCCGCCGCGGCCCCUCAGCCUCGCUGAGCUCCGGCCCCGCCGCUCAGCCCCGGCCAUGGCGGCUCCGCUCUCGUAA